AUGUCUCUCGAACAACGCUACAAACCCUUCUUGUCUUCGCGUGCUGAAGGCCGCCAAAUGCAGCCCUUUUGGAACAAUGCGGUACCGGCCCAUGUCAAACAACAUCCACAACCCAUCGAUCUCGGUGCAGGACUUCCCAACGAAGGAUUGUUCCCUAUCGAAUCCGUGCAUUUGAAUGUGGUGAACCAUCCCUUCCAGCAUCGCAAUUAUAAUUUUCGAUCCUCAAAGCUACACCAACAAGAACAUGGCAAUCAUGUCAAUGACGACGGCAUUGAUAAAACACACAUUGCGCACAACGAAAGGGAGUUAGUUGCACAAAAGUUCCAGGAUGGAUCCAUGGUGGAUAUGUGGAGAUACGAACCCGAAAACCCACAAUGUAUCCCCAUUUGUUCUGGGUUCCAAUACAACGAUACUCGAGGUCUCACCCAAAUGUUAGAUUUCUGCCACAAAUUCGUUGAAUACACCAAUCCGCCUGCGUACGACGAUUGGGACAUCACUUUUGCCAACGGAUCUUCCGAUUCGCUUUUCAAAGUUUUCGAAACGUUAGCAGAAGCCAAUGUCACCGUCUUAGUUGAAGAAUUCACGUUUUCACCAACCGUCCACAACAUUACCGCCACUGGAGCCACUGCAGUGCCCAUACGGCUUCAAGUGACUGCAGAUUCGGAAUCCCAGGGUAUUGAUGUGGAUUAUCUGACAAAUUUACUAGAAAAUUGGUCUCAAUCGGAAUUCUCGCAUUUAUCCAAGCCUCGGCUUCUGUACACGAUACCUACAGGUCAAAAUCCAACCGGUAUGACUCUUUCUUUGCGGAAACGGCAACAGAUUUAUGCGCUUGCCGAAAUUCACAAUUUCAUCAUUGUCGAAGACGAUCCUUACGGAUACUUGAGAUUCCCACCGUACGACCCUAAAAAUCCUUUUUUCAACCCGUACGAGAGCAACGACUUUACAAUCGAUCAGUACCGAAACGAAAUGCUUGCCAAAUCCUUCAUCUCUCUCGAUACUUCUGGCCGUGUUAUUAGAUGCGAGACCUUCUCCAAGGUUUUUUUUCCCGGUUUGAGGUUCAGUUUCAUCGUCGGUAACAAGUACUUGAUUUCCAAAAUCUUGAGUUUCGAAGAAGUCUCCACCAGGGCUGCAAGUGGUGUUUCUCAAAUGAUGGUCAACAACGUGAUCCAGAAAUGGGCACCAGGGUUCAGUUCCGCACAGGAGGCGUGGUUGGCAUGGGUCGUUAAAGUUGCUGGUCAAUACACACACCGCAGAAACGUUCUAUUUCAAGCACUGCAGGCCUCAGAUGCUUACAAAAAUGGAUUAUUUUCCAUGCUUCCCGUGACCGCUGGAAUGUUUGCAGCUCUUACUAUCAAUUUCGAUCAAUUCCCCCAUAUCGAGAACCGUUCCGAAGCCCUACAAGAGCUUUCAUACAUCCUUUUAGAAGAAGGUGUCAAGGUAGUUUUGGGCACCAACAUGGCUGUUUCUAAACCAUUUUCUGCUCACAGAUCCCAUUUCUUGCGAAUCACGUAUGCAUAUGCAGCGGACGACGCUCAAUUGCAAGAAGCCGCCAAAAGGCUGGGUCAAGGUAUUCAAAGAUUGCAUUCGGUUCACUAG